UUUUAUGCUGCACUUACCUGUUUCACGAUCAUUUCAACUGGAAUCGGCAUUUACAGAAGGCUUUGAGGAAAAAAGCCUUCUUUUUUUAAAACCAUUUUGCGAUCAGAUAUGUCAAAAAAAACUUCCCGCCAAUCUGUCUUAUUUUUGUUGUGAAUUCUGCGAUACAUCUCUUUUGUUUAUGGCUAAGUUCUGUGAAUUAUAAAAAGAAGUAACCACCUGCUGACGGAUCAUCUAUUUUUGUUUAAGUUGGAGAAUCUUCAUUCCCAGUUAAGUGGUUAGUGUGGGGGAUAUUAUUGUGUAGAACGUGUGUCAAAGGCAUGAAGUUAGUUCCUGCUGGAAGUUUUUGGGUUUCUGGAAGAUUGCUCAUCUUGUUGAUUUGUAUUCUGUCCUUCAUUUCUGCACACAAAUCUAAAGAUGUCCAAAAUGUGGAAAUGUAUACUCAUACGGAGAAACAAAGGUACGAUGGUUGGUAUAACAACCUUGGCCAUCCGGAAUGGGGAUCUGUCGAGAGUCAGUUAACAAGAAAAACACCUGCUUUUUAUUCUGAUGGAGUCUAUAUGCUGGCCGGUGAGGACAGACCCAGUCCGAGAACUUUGAGUCAAGCUUUAAUGAGGGGAGAUGAUGGCUUACCGUCUUUACGGAACCUUACUGCCCUCUUCACGUUCUUUGGUCAAGUGGUGACGUCCGAAAUACUGAUGGCAAGUGAAGCGGGCUGUCCAAUCGAGCUUCAUAAAAUCGAGAUCGACACAUGCGAUGACAUCUAUGACAAAUCGUGCAAGGGGCAUAAAUUUAUGCCCUUCCACAGAGCGCUUUACGACUCGAGGACAGGCCAGUCGCCGAAUAGUCCAAGAGAACAGCUAAACCAAAUGACAAGUUGGAUUGAUGGAAGCUUUGUGUACAGCACUAGUGAAGCUUGGGUGAACAGCAUGCGUUCUUUCCAAAAUGGAACUCUAAAAACAGAUUCUAGCGGAAUGUUUCCACCACGGAAUACAGCCAGAGCACCUUUAAUCAAUUCACCGCCAGCUAGAUAUUUGAAAAAGUUGAGCCCUGAGAGAAUGUUCCUAUUAGGUGAACCAAGGUCAAAUCAAAAUCCAGCACUUCUCGCAUUUGGAAUUGUGUUUUUUCGAUGGCAUAAUGAAGUUGCAAAGCAAAUCCAAGAAGAGCACCCUGAUUGGUCCGAUGAAGAUAUUUUUCAAAGGGCCAGAAGAUGGGUCAUUGCCUCUCUGCAGAAUAUCAUUCUCUAUGAAUAUGUUCCAACAUUACUUGAAGAAGAAAUAACACCUUAUUCUGGAUACAAACCCGACGUCCAUCCCGGUAUCAGUCAUGUAUUUCAAAGUGCCGCCUUCCGUUUCUCUCAUACCAUGAUUCCACCCGGACUCUACAGGAGAGAUGGAAAAUGUAAUUUCAAAAAUACUCCAAGUGGGUACCCUGCUAUUAGACUUUGUUCCACUUGGUGGAAUUCAGAGGAAAUUCUUAUAGAAUCCGGCGUGGAAGAAUUGUUGAUGGGUAUGUCAUCUCAGCUUUCAGAAAGAGAGGAUGCAGUAUUGUGUAGUGAUGUGCGAGACAAACUGUUUGGCCCUAUGGAUUUUACACGGCGUGAUUUGGCUGCUUUGAAUAUAAUGAGAGGCAGGGAUAAUGGAUUGCCUGACUAUAACACAGUGAGGCGUUACUUUCAGCUUCCACCUCUCACCAACUGGUCUCAAAUAAAUCCCAAGCUGUAUGAACAAAAACCACAGAUGUUUGAAGCCCUUGAAAAGGUUUAUGAUGGAGAUAUAGAUAACAUCGAUCUGUAUAUAGCUGGUAUGUUGGAAACAGAAGUGGAUGGUCGUCCAGGACCUCUUUUUAGAAAAAUAAUCAAAGAGCAAUUUGAGCGUCUUCGUGAUUCUGACAGAUUUUGGUUCGAGAAUACGGCAAAUGGCAUUUUUACAGAAUCUGAAAUAGAGGAUAUAAAGAGAUUGAAACUGCGCGAUAUACUUAUCACAGCAACUGACAUAUCAACAGAUGAUCUGCAGGAAAAUAUUUUCUUUUGGAAAGAUGGUGAUAUAUGCCCACAACCAGCACAACUCAAUGGCUCGAUGAUGGAACCAUGUCUUAUGCUUGACGGUUAUGACUACUUUCAUGGAAAUGAAGUAGCAUACAUUUAUUCUUGUAUUAUUUUGGCUUUCAUACCAAUUGUGUGUGCCGGUCUCGGUUAUGGAGUUAUUAAACUUCAAAAUAAAAGGCGACGGGAGAUUAAACUCAAGAAAGAGAAUUCUGGAAAGAACUUCGAUAAAUUAUAUGUGAAAGAAUGGCUACACCAAAAUCACAAACGGUGUGUGAAGGUCAAGAUAGGCCCGGAUGAAUGUAUAACCACUAUCAAUCGAAAAGGAGAAGUUUUGCGAAAAGUUGAAUUCAAAUCUGUGACCUCCUUGGUUAUAGAGGUUACUAGAGAUACUCACAAAAAGCCUAUGGUACUGAUUAGGUCACCACGUGAUCAUGAUCUGGUUCUUCAAUUCGAGCAUGAGGCUGCAAGAAAGAAGUUUCUCAACAAAUUAGAAGUGUUUUUAUCGGGCCGAAAAAAAACAUUAGAAACUAUUCAAACUUAUAGAGAAGCCAUGCUUGCCAAUGCUGAAACAAAGGAGAAGCGUCAAAAAAGGCUGGAGCAUUUCUUUAGAGAAGCUUACGCUUUGACUUUUGGGCUGAAACCUGGUGAGCGACGAAAACUUGAGGACAUUGGAAGCGACAUCAUCAUGGUGAUGCGCACAUCUUUAUCUAAGAACGAGUUCGCGGAUGCCCUGGGAAUGAAACCCGAUUCCUUAUUUGUCAAACGCAUGUUCAAUUGUGUCGAUAAAGAUAAGGAUGGACAAAUUAGUUUUCAAGAGUUUCUGGAUACCGUUGAUCUCUUUUCGAGAGGUAAAACUGAAGCGAAGCUUCGAGUUAUUUUCGACAUGUGUGAUGAUGACGGAAAUGGAGUGAUUGACAAACAAGAACUGACCAAGAUGCUUCGAUCGCUUGUCGACAUCGCCAAAACGAACUCUUUGGGCGAGGAUCAAGUGAUGGAACUGAUAAAAGGCAUGUUCAGCACCGCGGGACUCGAUGAAAAAGAAAAGCUCAAUUAUGAAGACUUCAAAGUACUGAUGAGAGAAUUUAAGGGAGAUUUUAUAGCUAUUGGUCUGGAUUGUAAAGGAGCAAAACAAAAUUUUCUGGAUACAUCUACUAAUGUCGCAAGGAUGACAAGCUUCCAAAUAAACCACCACCCCGAAGAAAGGAAAAACUACUGGCGUCAGAAAUACAAUCAUGUUGCUACUUUUCUCGAAGAAUACAGGCAGCACAUAUUUUAUCUCUUCGUGUUUUAUGUCAUCAACAUCGUGCUCUUUCUGGAAAGAUUUGUGUACUACACUUACUUCACGGAACACAUGGAUCUCCGACAUGUGAUGGGCGUAGGCAUUGCCUUCACGAGAGGAUCAGCAGCUUCUUUGUCUUUUUGCUACUCAGUGCUUUUACUGACUAUGUGCAGGAACCUCAUCACUAAAGUGAGAGAAGUAUCAAUCCAACAGUUUAUUCCUCUCGAUUCACACGUUCAAUUUCACAAGAUAGUUGCUCUCACGGCUCUCUUUUUUACACUUAUUCACAGUAUAGGUCACUGCAUCAAUUUCUACCAUGUCUCCACGCAGCCUUUGGAUCAUUUGCGGUGUUUAACGCAUGAAAUGCAAUUUGACUCAGAUUUCAAACCCACUAUAGUCUUCUGGUUAUUUAAAACUAUCACAGGUAUUACUGGAGUUCUUCUGUUUGCAAUUGUCUGCAUUAUCUUCAUAUUUGCUCAUCCAAAAAUACGAGAAAAGGCCUACAGCUACUUCUGGACCACGCACAGCUUGUACAUUCUCCUCUAUAUUCUGUGUCUUAUUCACGGCUUAGCCAAGAUUACUGGAAGUCCAAGGUUUUGGAUGUUUUUUGUCGUCCCGGCCGUUAUUUUUACAUUAGACAAGAUUGUCAGUUUGCAGACGAAAUAUAUGGAGCUUGAUAUAAUAGACACUGAAUUAUUACCUUCGGAUGUGACCAAGGUGAAAUUCGCUCGGCCGCCAAAUUUUAAAUACCUUUCCGGCCAGUGGGUUCGUCUGAGCUGUACUGCUUUCCGCAACGCAGAAUACCACUCCCUGACACUCACUUCUGCACCCCAUGAGAACUACCUAUCUGUGCACGUUAAGGCACAGGGUCCUUGGACUUGGAAGCUCAGAAACUACUUCGAUCCAAGCAAUCUCAAUGAUGGACCUCUGCCCAAGAUUCGGUUGGAAGGCCCUUACGGAGGAGGAAACCAAGAUUGGUAUAAGUUCGAAGUGGCCGUAAUGGUCGGCGGAGGAAUUGGAGUCACGCCUUAUGCUUCCAUUCUCAAUGACCUCGUGUUUGGAACCUCUACCAAUAGGUACUCGGGAGUGGCAUGCAAGAAAGUGUAUUUCUUGUGGAUCUGCCCAUCUCAUCGACACUUCGAGUGGUUCAUUGAUGUGCUGCGGGACGUAGAAAGAAAGGACGUCACGAAUGUUCUGGAGGUCCAUAUAUUCAUAACGCAGUUCUUUCACAAGUUUGAUCUGCGAACGACGAUGUUGUACAUCUGCGAGACUCAUUUUCAGAGAAUAUCUAAUUGCAGUAUGUUUACUGGUUUGAAAGCUGUCAACCACUUUGGAAGACCAGACAUGACUGCUUUCUUAAAAUUUGUUCAACAGCAACAUGCAUACGUGAGCAAAGUCGGUGUUUUCAGUUGUGGACCAUCCGCAAUGACUGAAAACAUCACAAAAUCUUGCGAAACAGUAAAUAAAAAUCGCAAGCUACCUUACUUCAUCCAUCACUACGAGAACUUCUAGAAACGGACACUUAAACCAUCAAGUUGACUGAGAUACUGACAACGCUCGAUUCCAGCGGGAUGAGUGUUGCUCAGGGCAGAAGAUAAACCCAAACAAAUAAGCGAAAAGUUCUUACUGCUGUGAUUUACUUCAGAUUGAAAUUUGUGUGAAAUGGGGCUUAUGCAUUUUUUUUCCAAAUAAGCCCCUCACAUAUCAAACGUAAAUGGAGCGUUGUGCGUUUAGAUAAAGCGAUGCCAAAUUCUCUUUGAUAUUUAUUCGAUGAGAACUUUUUGUAUAUGGAUUUUAGAAUUAUUUUAAAUGUUGUUUAUGGCAGAAUAUUUCUUUUUUUUUAUUGACAAAGAGAAUAUUUUUUUUGUGUGCAUUCUAUGUAUAUUUAUGGAGUGAAACGAAAAAACAACUAUCGCAAUCCUUGUUCUUACAAAACAGUGGUGCUACAACAGUUACGAAUUGUUUAUAAAAAGCUUUAUGCAUCCAGAGUUUUUAUUUAUAGCUAAUUGCUUUAACAAAUGAGAAUAGCAUUCAUAGAAUGAAAAGAAAAUGGUUUUGUACAGUUAAAGUUAUUGUAAUUAAAAGUCUAUACGUGUAUUAGAUUGCUGUUAUGCAAAACUGCUUCCUUUUUUUCGGUUGAAAUAUGCAUGUCAACAAGGAUUCCUAUGAACAUUAUUGUAGUUAAACUAUUUAUUUUUGUGUAAUAUUAUGAGAAUCAUAAUUUUAUGUCUGUUUCUUGUU